AUGAAGAUCUUAAAAAUAUCAGAGAGUCGUUCGUCUUGCGGAGGUGGCGGUGGGUCGGAGGGGACGGAGGAGCGUGCGUCGUGGCGCGUGACGCUGGACCACGACCUGGUGGAAACCCUUAGCGCUAUAUACCCUGAGUGGUUUAAGCAGCCGAGGCGCGAUCGAAGCAGAGCGGCCUCGCCCUCUCACUCGCCAGUCUCUCCGCGGACGCCCUCAACGCCUCCUGAGGACGAUACUUUUAGUUCGGGAGCAGAGGAGAUGGCUGGUCGUCAGGCAAGUGGCAGCGGCACGAGCGAGCCGCCCAGCUCGCCACCGAGAGUUUCUCCCCCAAAAGUUGUCGUCGACGACAGCCCACUGCAACCCGCCAUGGGCAAACAUAAAGAAUCGUUAAAGGUGAAACUAAUGAUGCGGCCACCGCUCAACCAGCUGGUAGCAAAAGGGAUCAUGCCGCCAUUGAAAACGCCGCCAGCGUAUUUCAAACAAAGGAUGCAAUUAGAAAGAGCAAAGACAGGAGAUUUGCUAAAGGCAAAAAUACAGAGUAGACCAGACCGUCAAGAACUGGAAAGACGACAUAUAUUAGAACAGGAAAGUCAUGUAGAUCCAAGUUUGGCUGAAAAGCAACGCAUGCUAAAGAAGGCACGUCUAGCAGAUCAACUCAAUGACCAGAUAUCCCAUCGUCCUGGUCCCCUUGAACUCAUCAAAAAGAACAUACUACAUACUGAAGAAACUAUCGAGACAGCCGUUAAAAGUGGCAUUCUUGCUUUCAAAGCGACCAGUGAAGGGUCGUCGGGUCGUCCACAACAUCCGUCGUCCUACUGCGGCCCUGUGGAGGAGGUGUCGCCGUCGCCCUCCCCGCCCUCCACCCUCUCCCCGGCCAGCGUGACCAGCGAGGCACAACACCCCGCGCCCGGCAAAGAGAGACCAAAGCGCCCAAAGCAGAAACCGAAACAGCUGCCUAAAUCGCGGCUCAAGUUCCACGAAUACAAAGGACCACCGAACGCCCAAAAGGCAUCAUCGCCGCCCGGUUCAGUGGAGACACCGUACGAGUUGCUCCUACAGCAGCAGAAGUUGCUGCUACAACUGCACACGGGGCAGCUCAUGUUGCCGGCGUCACCGGCGCCAUCUUCCGCCGCGUCGGUCGCGUCCGACACGUCCGACACUCAUCCGGCGCCUCCCCCACCUCCCCUCCCGCCCGCUCCCUCCUGCCUACCCUCCAUCUCCCUAGCUGCGGCCCGCUUCGAGGACAUGAAAGUAUCCGAUUUACGCGCAGAGUGCAAGAGACGAAACCUCCGCGUCUCCGGCCCCAAGCCCCAACUGAUCGACCGAUUGCGACCGUUCCUUUUGGAAAUGCAAGAGGAUACGCCACGGUCUCCCGCAUCCGUUGCGUCCCCAGAGUCGCGCGCGGAGUCGGAGCCGUCUGAGGAUAUAGUGCAGUCACAGCGUCGCUUGAUAGAAGAGUUGGAACGCCAACUGGAGGAGUCACGGCAACAACUAGAGGCGGUGAGGCGAGAGGCGACAGGGGCGGCCGCCAGCGAUCAGAGUCGAAGGCUUUUACAAGCUCAUCUUUGUGUCACGCAGUUACGAGCCAAGCUCGAUGCGCUCCAACAACAUCCACCGCCACCACCGCCACAGCGAUAUGUCAUUGCAACACCAGACUCCACCCCAGAUCGGUUCCUACGUCUAUUCACAGUCACAUCCCCGACAGCGAAUGAUGUAAAUGCAGAUACGACUCCCUCGAAAACGGGUAAUCCAGCUUAUAUCUUAAAUGGAGUUAAAGUAGUGCCAAUUGCAAUCGUUCCUACGACUCAUUAUGAGCCCGAGCGUACGGCGCCCGCGCCGCCGCCCGCGCCCCCGCCCCCCGUCACCAAUACCCUUCACCACAGCGCUGAAGACAGUCAAAUAAUGGACGAUGUGCUAGAGAUUCUAGUCCAAAAUGGUGAACUUCCACCAUCGGCAGUCGGAAAUAUAACUCCGAAUAGAUCCAUUGAUGCGGGCUACCUCACCGCUGGUUCGAAUGAAUUCACACCGACUGAUGUUAUGAGUGACGAUUUACUUAGCGAAACUCACUUGCCGGAUUCUCUUGACGGUAGCGUGUUACAGAGAGAAUUAAACGACGUCUCCAACCAAAUGAUGAGCCAUACAGAUUUAAACACGGUCCACGGCAGGUGUGAUGUUUCUGACAUCGACCCCGACUUAAGCGUUGAUAUGUUGACAAACAAUGAGUAUCACAGUAAUUUUGGUAAUUCGGACUCGACUUCAGGAAAUCAUGACGACUUAUUUGAUAGAUUACUCGCUGGCGAUGGCGACGACAGCAACAAUGCUAUGGAUAUAGACGUACCGGAGCGGAUGAGCAUGACGCCCCUGACCAACGGAGACCUGCUAGAUCAUACACGUACCGGCUUCGAGGAUAUGAACGAUCUAUCGUUGCCUCCCUUCCAUAACGAGGACACUCGGCACAAUUCUUACGACGAACAGGAUUACGAGUUCGAUUUUAAUAAUUUCGAACUUAGUCCAAGUAUGAAUGUAGAUAGCGAUACCUGUGAUUAUAUGAACACUGAGCUAAUUCCGAACUUGUUCGGGCGUAGUCACAUGUCGCAGUGCGACCCGGUGCUCAGCGGCGUAUUAGCUCGUCCCGCACCACGUCCUACAAGAAAACAUUACUCG